AUGGACAAGCAUGAUGGAUAUGAGUACAGAUGGGCUGAUGGUGUACAGAUAAAGAAGCCGAUAGAAGUGUCAGCGCCAAAAUAUGUGGAGUUCCUAAUGGACUGGAUUGAAGGCCAACUUGAUGAUGAAUCUAUAUUUCCCCAAAAGCUUGGCACACCAUUCCCGCCAAACUUCAAGGAGGUUGUAAAGACAAUUUUCAAGCGCUUGUUUCGUGUUUAUGCCCACAUAUAUCACUCCAGUUUUCAGAAGAUUGUCAGCCUCAAGGAGGAGGCCCAUCUUAACACGUGCUUCAAGCACUUCAUUCUGUUUACAACUGAAUUUGGCCUGAUUGACAAGAAGGAGCUGGCUCCACUCCAGGAGCUCAUCGAAUCGAUUAUUCCAUACUGAGAAGAAUACAGGGACGGAACGGAUAGCGAGUUCUUUACAUGGA